AAAUUGUGGAGCUGUCGUGACUGAAGUGUAAAACGAAAUGACUCUACUGUUCAACUGAUAAAGUCGUUGGAGUUUUCGGUGGCGGUGAAUUCUAGAUCAAUAAAUGUUGAAAAAAGCAUGAAAUCAAACCUAACGGCAUAUAAGACAUUUUUGCAUUCAACUGAUUCAAAUAAACGGUGUUUCCCAUUCUCACUUAACUGAUAGAUCGCCAAAGUGAUCCAAUGGUUGUUUGGUUAUCAACAUUUCGGAAGAUGUUACAAGAAACAAAGCGGUUGUAAACGAUCAAAAAGUGUUUGUGUCUUAGCCCGAAACAGAAGAACUGCUCACCAAAUCAAAUUCAAUUGGAUUUCAGCUAUGCAGUUAUUGGAAAAUUAAUGAAUUAUCCAACGGAUGCUGUCGGAAAAUUCUCUUGUUUACAAUUUAUGACACUAGUGAGGAAUAUACAUAAGUGUGCGUACAAUUUAACGAAAUAAGAGAUAUACGCGAAGGCGAAUACUUGAGUGUGUGCGUUUUUUCCGAACGAAAGAGUGUUGGAAAGUGGGAAUCGGUCUAACUGGCACUUGUCUAUAAACAGGAAUUGUCUUGUGCGCAAACGAUUCGAGAAAACAAGUGAUGUUUGUUUACAUCGCAAAAGAUGUAUGUGGUGCAAAAUCGAAAUACUGUGUUGAGUGGUUGAUAUUGAAAAACAAAAAUUGAUUAAGCAAAACCCGUUAGGGAGAAAAAGUUGUCAACGUAAAUCAUUAUUAAUGGUCAUAGAUGGACACAAACACCACAGCAUUAUCAGAGCGCUGGAGUGAUAAAUUGCGAAUGAACCAACGCUCGUGUGUGUAUUGGUUUGUUUUUAAUGUAAACAUGGAUCACACAAGCGCGAAUCUGUUAUUUGGAAAAGAACUAUGAAAAAUUAUGCGCUGUUUGUGGAUAUCAACUAACACAACGGACCAGUUUGGCAGUUAAAUGAAAAAUAUAGUUUACACAAUAGCUCAUCUCUUACGGUACGAGCUUAUCAUGUACGAAUUUCACUAGUGCAUAUGCCGUUCGACACGCAAAUGGACUUUCAACAUUGAAAAACAUAACACCCACGAAUUCGUGUUUCAUAGUCAUAGACAAAGCAUGGAAACAUUAACCGAGAGUAGUAUCGCUCCGGAACUCCGGAGCGAAUCGCUCAUGUCGACAUCUCCGGACGAUGAACGUAUCCAUCGUCAUCACCACAAUAAUAAUAACGAUGAAGAUGACGUCCUGAGGAACGUUAUCCACCCUAGCAAUCUCCUGGAAGAACAAUCGCAAUCUUCUCAGGAAAGUAGGGAUCUGGGCUCACCUCCGCCAGGCACCGGUGCGGCGCUGGAUGAAACUGUCGAGAACAUUGCCAAGGAACUGCAAAACAGUUGCUCGGAUAACAAUUACAACGAUGCGACAACAGACUCGCAGCCGGAACCGGAUGCAAUCGAAAAUACUGAUUCAAGCAGUAUACCACCGCCGGAAAAUCCCGAAGCCGCCGGCACCGAUUCACCCUCAAUGGAGGUUAAUUUGGAAGCGGCGGGAGCGAUAAUGGCUGCUUCCACACCCAAGAUUCACAUUGCGCCCAUUUCGAACGGUGGGCUAUUGUUGCCCAAAUCGGGCGGAAAGCCUACCACAAUGCGUGAUCUUGACCGUAAGAUGAACAAAUCCCGGGGACGGCCCAAGAGGCGCGCGAUGGUGGCUCUGUAUCAAAGUGAGAUAAGCGAGAAUAAAAUUGGCAUUAAGCUGUGUAUAAAAAAAGCAUCUGAUGCGAUAGUACAACAACCAAAGAAGAUAACCCGCAAACGCACGCGGAAGCCCAAGAGCCUCAACGAAGACAGUGACGAGGAGCUAGGAGGCGGAGGAGUAUUACCGGAAAAACGCAGUCGCAAAACUCGGGGGGAUUCGUCCAGGAAAACAAAUAACAACACAGAAAAAGUAGCCCAGGAGGAAUACAAACGGCCGGAGGAUCAAAGCGUCUGGGCGGAUCAGGUGCCAGAGCAUGUGUUGUGCUUGAUAUUCCAACACGCGAUCCAAGACGAUGGGUGUAUUCCCUCGCUGAUUCGAUUCGGCAAGGUGUGCUCCGCUUGGCACAAAGCCUCACUGGUGCCUUCACUCUGGCGAACAGUAGAUCUCGGCAACUGGACCAAGGAACGAUUCAAAACCGAACUCAAGCUCAAGUGGCUUAUCGAGAACCGUCUUCGCAACAGUAUCGACGUUAGUUUUGGCAACUGGAAGAUCACCAACGUGCAUUGUGUACUUGAAAAGCUGCUGGCAGCCUCUCCCAAGCUAGUUGGAAUCACGCUGACAGGCUGGAAGCAACUCACAUCCGACCACCUUAUGUUUCUGGUGCAAGAGUUCAAAAGUUUACGAAGAAUUGACUUAAGUUCUGUUAACGCCGAAGUCAACGCCAACAAAACCGCCGUUGGACAAGUUUCAUUAUGCAGCGCAAUCACCGAAAUGGGCGAAAGACUUACUCAUCUAUAUCUGGCCCACAACCGUCUCAGUGGCAUUCCUCAGAUCGUUAAAGCGCUAUCGACACAAUGUCCAAACCUGGCUCUACUCGAUCUGUCCAACGUGAGCACAAUUGCCGUCUCGCACGGUAUCCUUAAUAUCGAGCAGCUUCAAGGUGGCUGCAAAAAACUGAAGGUACUGCGGAUAACGAACUCUCAUAUCAAUCUCAGCUCGGCAACCCUCCAGGAGCAGAUGGAGUCUCCCGGCUUCCCGGAGCUUGAAGAAUUGUCGGUGGCCUCACUGGCAGACGAAUCCCGUCUAUUCAACGACGAAUUUCUCCAGCGAAUUCUCAAGACAAGCACCCAACUGAAGCUGUUGGAUUUAAGAGGAUGCUCGAGGUUGACCCAUGACAGCCUAAUUCGAUUGCCAACGUGGGACCUGAAGCAUCUGUUCCUGUCCGGGUGUUCGAUUACCCGAGAUCUGGGCUCGGGUUUGGAGCUCAUAGCUUCCAAAUGGGCACACAGCCUCAUAGAGUUCGAUUUGGCCUGGGCCAAUGCAACAAAACCAUUGGAUGAUGCGCUAAAAGCAUUGGCCGAUAAGGGUUUUGAGUCACCACUCAAUCACCUCAAUCUGUGUGGCUCAUCAGUUUCGCUGGAAGCUGUCAAAGAAGUGCUCACCAACUGUCCCCACAUCAAUUCGAUUAACCUCUCUUCCUGCCGCGGUCUUCCCCGAGGCGUCAAGCGACUCCUGCAAGGACCAACGGAGAUCGCCGAACUGCGAGAGAAUCUCGGAGUGACCCUCAAACUUUCCAAAUCUGCGGAAAUAUAAAAAUUUCGGAAGUGAACAAAUUUCCUGCCAAUAUAUCAUCGUACUUCGGUUGAAAAGGACGGCAUAUGGAUGAAGAGUUGUUGGGUUGUACAAACUUCAACUGAUAACAUUGCAAACAUAUGGCAACCGUCUGGUAAAACGUGUGUUUUACAAAAAGACUUUUUUGUGAUAUUUUUCUCUAUUGGGUGAAGGAAAACGAAGGAACUCAAAAAUCUA